AAUUCUCGCUCUGCGUGUCUCGAGCUGCUAGAUAAGAUGUUCUCGCAAACCAUUAGCCGUGCUGCGGCCUUCUCCGGUCGUAUUGGUCCCAAGUACUACACUCCCACCCACUUCCACGGCCUUGACGCUGGCCACGCCACCAGAUACGGCGGUAUUGUCGGUACGUUCGGUGUUGCUGCUGGUGUCGGUGCUCUCUUCUUCUUCGGCGAGGUUCCCCGUGUGCGCCGGGAUAUUCUCCAGCAGUUCCCCUUCUUCGACCAGUACUUUGACCGGAGACUGGCUCCCGAGGACAACCCGUUCUAAAUGUGUUUAACCGAUUUGUUUUACUAUACGGCUUGUCCGCAGUCAAGUGUUUGGCCGUGGACGGUAAGGGAUGGCUUGUACUACUGUAGAUUAGUGAUGGAAUUCGAGAGCUCAUAGACAACACCCAAUCAGUUCUCUUCAUAUCUUCUUUGCCUAGGCUGUUCUAGCUUCAAUGGGCAGGUUUUUUCUGUGCAUACGUAUUGUCUGGGUUUGAUGUAUCCGUGUUCUAAUGAUUGAUUGGUUGAGGUUUAUCAAGAUAAGAUGCAUAGGCUCCCGUAU